AUGGUUAAUCUAUCAAAAUCAAAUAUUGAACAUUAUUGGAUGAGUUAUGGAAUACAUUUGGUACCAGCAUUUCUCAAUACAAUUUAUUCACAUGAUCCAUCUGCAUCAUUAUUGAAUUUUAAUGCCGAUACGUUGACAUUUACUAAUCCAUCAUCAGUUUACUAUCUUGAUAACCCAUCAACAAGAUUUUUAUUAAACACAUCCGGUGCUAAAAAUGACACGAAAACAGUUGUACUAGAUGCUUAUGCUCAAUUAGGUUUAUAUGGUGGUCAAGUAAUGUCGUUGCCUAUUGAUGAUGCACUUAAUACUAUUCGUUAUAUAUCGAGUAUUUGCCUUGAUGAUGAAGAAAUAUGUGAUGUACAACAAACGCUACAACUUAAUUUGUUAUGCCAUAACAAUAGAAAACAAUUUUUAGAACAAACCACAUUAUCUUCGCGGCAAAUUCGACUUGAAAUACCACUUCGUAAAAAUGAUCAAAUCAUCGUUGAUGUUUCUGUUAUAUUCGAAAAUGAUCGAGUUGUACCAUCGUUUCUAAGUACUAAAUUAGCAUUUGGUUGUGUUCGCCAUGAAACACUUCGUUUAUCAUGGGUUGAUGUUGCGAUAAUCAGUGAAAAUCUUGAUUAG